CAGUAUGUAUCUCUGUCUGUGUCGAUCUCUGUAACCCCCUCCUCUCUCCCCUCUCCAGAUGGCUGAAGAGGAGGGCCCGCGGGAGGUCCUGUUCCCUCAGUGGAUGGGGGCUGCCCAGCACGGCCUCACUAUCGAGGGCAGCGAGGGGGAGGUCUUCGUCAAGGAAGUGAAGCAAGAGUCGUCCGCCGCCAAAACAGGGAAAGUGCGCCAAGGUGACCAGAUCGUCGGCGCUACCAUCUACUUCGACAACAUGAGCUCUGAGGAGACGGCGGAACUACUGAAGACCCUCAACCGGCACACGGUGGGCCUGAAACUGCAGCGCAAAGGCGGGGACAAGUCCCCCUGCCGGUCCCCUAGAGGAGAGGGGCCGUCCCGUGACGUGGGGGCCAGCUUCGACCGCUAUGGGCCAUCCAGCCCAGACAUCGUCCUGAGUGGCGACGACGAGGACUACAGAAGGAUCUACACAAAGAAAAUCAAACCGCGCCUUAAGUCGGAGGACCUGGCGGAGAGCAGCGGUGUGGAGGUGCAGACGGAGCGGCAUGGCGGGACCGUCACCACGGUGACGCGCAAAAUAACCACCUACACCGUGGACGUGCCGGGACCGGAGCACCACGACAUCACCAGCCCAGAGUUCAAAGUCAAAGUUCCGCGGCACGACGGCUCAGAAUCGUCAGAGAUGGGCAUUCGGUACGGAUCGGGAGCGCAGGUCAGAAUUCCACACGGCUUCACUAUCGGAGGGGAGUCUGGAGAAUCUGGCACGACCGUCACUAGGAUGCUGGGGUCCACAGAGACACACUGGGGAGCAGGAGCAAAAGGAGGAGGAGAUAUCCGAGGACCCAAGAUAGAGAUCAGGACCUCAACCGGCACCGCUGACUCGGGAACGAACGUGGAAGGCUCUUACGAGAAAUCUGUGGAGUUCCGAGUUCCCGGGUUUUCGGAAUCGACACUGCGAGAACCGGGUGUGAAGCUGGACGGCAGUCUGGGAGCACUCUCGGGAGGCACUGUCACUACAGAGACUUACACCUACAGGAGCAAAGGCGUGGAGGUACCUUCAGCGGACGUGAUGGGGUCCGGCUUUUCGGGACAAGGGGUUGACAGGAAGCUGGAAACUUCCAGGAUGGAAUUCAAGGGUCCCAGCAUCGACGUGCCGAAGACGCCUCCCGUUAGCGUCUCGGGCUUCGACCUCAAUGGGAAAGGAGCAGGAGGCUUCACUGUGUCGGCCCCAAAACUGGAAGGAGACGUCAAAGGCCCCAAAGUAGACAUCAAAGCCCCGACAAUUAAAACUUCAGUCGGGGGCGGAGGUGUUAAAAUGCCUGCCGUUGAGAUCAAAGCCCCAAGCGGUGACAUCAAAGGUGGGGUCCAAGGGGCUGGCCUGUCCAUGCCGCAUGUGGACCUUUCGGGACAGAAGGUCUCGGCACCAGACGUGGACGUUAACCUGAAAGGGGCCGAAAUCUCUGCUCCUAAAAUAUCGGGGGAUAUCAAGGCACCCGCAGUAGACGUCAAAGCGCCCGGAAUCAACAUCGAAAUGUCCGGAGUGAAAUUGGAUGCAAAGACCCCCAAAGUCGGAUUCUCUGGCCCUGAAAUCAAAGGGCCUGAUUUUAGCACAAGCCUGCCGAAAGCUGACAUCAAUGUUCCAAAGAUGAGCCUGGACGCUUCGUCUGUUUCAGGACCUGGUGUCUCCGUCCCUGGCUUUGACGUCACAGGAGCCAAUCUUCAGGGAGACAUCAAAGCUCCAACAUUAGACAUCCAAGCCCCUGGUGUAAAUGUCCAGACACCAGGCAUUGACGUCGGAGGCUUUGAAGGGAGUUUCAAAGGAAAGCUGCCCAGCAGCAAAGGUCCGAGUGUGAGCAUCGAGGCUGCAGGCGUUGACAUCAGAGAACCAGAAGGAGGGUUUAAAAUGCCUAGACUGCCCAAGUUUGGAAUUUCUGGUCCCACAAUUGAAAGCCCUGAUGUGGAUGUGAAGGUGCCUAAAGGCAGCGUUGAGGUCAAAGGGCCACAGAUAGACAUUAAAACACCAGGUGUUGACAUUGAGGGUCCAAGUGGAAAGAUGAAGGGGCCCGGAUUCAAGAUGCCUGAUUUUGAUGUGAAUCUGAAAGGGCCGAAGGUGAAGGGAGAUGUGGAUGUUUCAGUGCCAAAGGUAGAAGGUGACUUCAAAGGGCCGAAGGUAGAUAUUGAUGCUCCAGAUGUUGACAUUGAAGGACCAGAAGGAGGAUUCAAAAUGCCAAAAAUCAAAAUGCCCACAUUUGGAAUCAAAGGUCCUAAAGUUGAAGGCCCAGAUGUAGAUGUUAAUCUACCCAAAGGAGAUGUUAACAUCAAAGGGCCAAAGAUAGAAGGUGACCUCAAAGCUCCGAAAGUGGACAUCAAAGCUCCAGAUGUUGAUAUAGAGCUACCUAGUGGAAAGGUGAAAGGUCCCGGAUUCAAGAUGCCGUCAGUGUCAGGACCCAAUGUAUCAAUCCCAAGUCUGGACUUCAAUCUGAAAGGACCGAAGGUGAAGGGAGAUGUGGACGUUUCAGUGCCAAAGAUAGAAGGUGACCUCAAAGGGCCAAAGAUAGAAGGUGACCUCAAAGGGCCAAAGAUAAAAGGUGACCUCAAAGGGCCACAGGUUGACAUUGGACAUCCAGAUAUUGACAUUAAGGGCCCUGACGGCAAGAUUAAGGGUCCUGGGUUCAAGAUGCCAACCAUUUCUGGACCAGAUCUAAAAAUGCCUAGUCUGGACUUCAAUCUGAAAGGGCCGAAGGUGAAGGGAGAUGUGGAUGUUUCAGUGCCAAAGGUAGAAGGUGACUUCAAAGGACCGAAGGUAGAUAUUGAUGCUCCAGAUGUUGACAUUGAAGGACCAGAAGGAGGAUUCAAAAUGCCAAAAAUCAAAAUGCCCACAUUUGGAAUCAAAGGUCCUAAAGUUGAAGGCCCAGAUGUAAAUGUUAAUCUACCCAAAGGAGAUGUUAACAUCAAAGGGCCAAAGAUAGAAGGUGACCUCAAAGCUCCGAAAAUGGACAUCAAAGCUCCAGAUGUUGAUAUAGAGCUACCUAGUGGAAAGGUGAAAGGUCCCGGAUUCAAGAUGCCGUCAGUGUCAGGACCCAAUGUAUCAAUCCCAAGUCUGGACUUCAAUCUGAAAGGACCGAAGGUGAAGGGAGAUGUGGACGUUUCAGUGCCAAAGAUAGAAGGUGACCUCAAAGGGCCAAAGAUAGAAGGUGACUUCAAAGGGCCACAGGUUGACAUUGGACAUCCAGAUAUUGACAUUAAGGGCCCUGACGGCAAGAUUAAGGGUCCUGGGUUCAAGAUGCCAACCAUUUCUGGACCAGAUCUAAAAAUGCCUAGUCUGGACUUCAAUCUGAAAGGGCCGAAGGUGAAGGGAGAUGUGGACGUUUCAGUGCCAAAGAUAGAAGGUGACCUCAAAGGGCCAAAAAUAGACAUUGAAUCUCCUGACAUUGACAUUAAGGGCCCUGAAGGCAAAAUCAAGGGUCCCGGAUUCAAGAUGCCAACCAUUUCUGGACCCAACAUCAAAAUGCCAAGUAUGGAUUUCAAUCUGAAAGGACCGAAGGUGAAGGGAGAUAUGGAUGUUUCAGUUCCAAAGAUAGAAGGUGACCUCAAAGGGCCGAAGGUAGAUAUUGAUGCUCCAGAUGUUGACAUUGAAGGACCAGAAGGGGGAUUCAAAAUGCCCAAAUUCAAAAUGCCCAAGUUUGGGUUCAAAGGUCCUAAAGUUGAAGGCCCAGAUGUAGAUGUGAAUCUACCCAAAGGCGAUAUUGAUAUCAAAGGGCCAAAGAUAGACAUUGACACACCUGAUAUUGACAUUGAAGGCCCUGAAGGAAAAAUCAAGGGGAACGAGACGUUCCUGAAAACGGACCGGCGUGUCAGAGAUUACCUUCCCCAGCGGCGCGCCUCACACUGA